GCCUCCAGCUCCGCCCGGGCGCUGGGAGCGGCGGCAACUUCCCCUCAAGUCCGCCCGGCGGCGAGGGGAUGAUGCGACCCGUUUGAGCGCGGCCCGAGAGGGGCGGGCGCGCCGAGGACAGGCAGCGCCGGCAGCAGCGGCAGCCCCGCCGCCGUGGUCAGAGCAGCCCGGCAGCCGCCCGCCUCAGCCCCCUGCCCUCCCCCGGCCGGGGCGGGAGCCGCCGCGGCCGUCCCAUGUCCCGAAAGGCCAGCGACAAUGUGGAGUACACGCUGCGGAGCCUGAGCAACCUGAUGGGCGAGAAGCGGCGGCGGCAGGCGGACGGGUCCGCCGGCUCGGGCGCGGCGGCGGCGGCGGGCGAGCGGAGCCUCAUCGCCGCCGAGUCCUGCUCCAGCCUCAACAGCGCGGCGUCGGGCGGCGAGCUGGAGCGGGCGGCGCGGCGGCAGUUCCAGCAAGACGAGACCCCCGGCUUCGUCUACGUGGUGUCGGUCUUCUCCGCCCUGGGGGGCUUCCUCUUCGGCUACGACACCGGCGUGGUGUCGGGGGCGCUGCUCCUCCUCAAGAGGGAGCUCAACCUGGACGCGCUGUGGCAGGAGCUGCUCGUCUCCGGCACGGUGGGCGCCGCCGCCCUCUCCGCCCUGGCCGGCGGCGUUCUGAACGGGCUGUGCGGCCGCCGGCCCUGCAUCCUGCUGGCCAGCGGCCUCUUCACGGCGGGGGCCGGCGUGCUGGCUGCCGCCCGCGACAAGGAGACGCUGCUGGCGGGACGCGUGGUGGUGGGGCUGGGCAUCGGUGUAGCAUCCAUGACUGUGCCAGUGUACAUCGCAGAAGUUGCUCCACCGCACUUAAGAGGCAGAUUAGUCACCAUUAACACGCUAUUCAUCACUGGAGGGCAGUUUUUUGCAAGUGUCGUGGAUGGACUCUUCAGCUACCUCGCAAAGGAUGGGUGGAGGUACAUGCUGGGCCUGUCGGCUGUUCCAGCGGUUAUACAGUUUCUUGGAUUCCUGUUUCUUCCCGAAAGUCCCCGCUGGCUCAUUCAGAAAGGCCAGACUCAGAGAGCACGGAGAAUUCUGUCUCAAAUGCGUGGCAACCAGGCAAUCGAUGAGGAGUACGACAGUAUCAAAAACAACAUUGAAGAAGAAGAAAAAGAAGUCGGAGCAGCUGGACCUGUGAUCUGCAGAAUGCUAACAUACCCUCCAACUCGAAGAGCCUUAAUUGUGGGUUGUGGUCUGCAGAUGUUUCAACAACUGUCAGGGAUUAACACCGUCAUGUACUACAGUGCUACCAUUCUGCAGAUGUCAGGAGUGGAAGAUGACAGGCUUGCAAUCUGGCUGGCUGCACUGACAGCAUUUAUAAACUUCAUUUUUACUCUUGUGGGAGUCUGGCUUGUUGAAAGAAUGGGUCGCCGGAAACUUACACUUGGUAGCUUAACAGGUACUGCUGUAGCACUCAUUAUCCUAGCUUCGGGAUUUUUGCUAUCAGCUCAGGUCUCGCCAAGAAUCACACUUAAUCCACCAGAUCCUUCACAUCAAAACUCUACCUGCACAAAAUACAGCUAUUGUAAUGGAUGUAUGUUAGAUCCAGACUGUGGUCUCUGCUACAAAUUGAAUAAAUCAAGUGUUGUUGAGUCCUCAUGCAUUCCUGUUGAUAAAGAUUCUACAAUGAAAGCAGCUUGGGGCAGGUGUUCAAAUGAAACAGUGUUCAAAAAGGAAGAUUUGUUUUGGGCGUAUAAUUUCUGCCCCACUCCAUACUCUUGGACAGCACUUCUGGGCCUUAUUUUGUACUUGGUUUUCUUUGCACCUGGGAUGGGUCCUAUGCCCUGGACUGUCAAUUCUGAAAUUUAUCCACUUUGGGCUAGAAGUACAGGAAACGCAUGUUCUUCUGGAGUCAACUGGGUUUUCAAUGUGCUUGUGUCACUGACGUUUCUGCAUACAGCUGAAUAUCUGACAUACUAUGGAGCCUUCUUCCUCUACGCAGGGUUUGCUGCCUUGGGACUAAUCUUCAUCUACGGCUGCCUUCCUGAGACUAAAGGGAAAAAACUAGAGGAAAUUGAAUCUUUGUUUGAAAACAGGCUAUGUACAUGUGGUAUGUCAGAUUCUGAUGAAGGGAGGUAUAUCGAGUAUAUUCGGGUGAAGGGAAGUAAUUACCAUCUUUCUGACAAUGAUGCUUCUGAUGUGGAAUAAUUUUCAGCUGCUGAUGUAUUUAAUCAUUUAAAAGCCUUCUGGGGGGGAAAGCAGCUCUCUGAUGACCUCACUGCCCUGCUUCUGGUCUGGUUCUCCUUUCUGCUGUGCAGUUAAAAAUGCCUUCAUGUUCAAAAAUGCUCCAUUUGGAGGAAAUUCAAUAUGCUAGUGUUUUCUUGAUAACUAAAAGCAAUGGCUUCCAAAAGAGGUUGAAUUUCACAGUUAUGUGACUUUACCAAGUGUGCGCGACGCUGCGCUGUCCCCAGGUAUUUAGUAGGGUGCACUGUACCAGAUGAAUACAGAAGGCUAUCCUAGAUGGUCAGGGGCCGUCCUUAUCUUUAGUCCUGACAAGAUAAAAUAAUUGAGUAGCUAAUCAGAAAGCAGCUGACAGCUGUCAGAUCCCCAUCCCAUUGCAGCCUAGGAAGUAGCUCUGCUGUGCAGCACAACGAAGGAUGAAUGCAUAUGUUGCUGUAACAGUAACCAUUUCAAAAGGUUAACCAAUUGGGAAAAUACAAAUAUCUGUUAUAUCCAUCAGAGGCAACAUUUCCCAAAUUUACCCUAAGUGAAUUUCCAUUGUUAUUUAUUUGAGGUAACAAGCAGAGAGCCAUAUUCACCUGGAUAGAGGUUCAGUAAGCUGGCAUGUGUCCGUGCUACACUGGGCUAUCGACCCACUGCUGCUCUUGAGUACACACUAUGGUCAGGAGUUUGUGUUUGUGAGAGAAACUGCCAAAAUUAACUACUGACAGCAAGAAAACAGAGCUCAGUAUGUGGCCACACAUAAAAAUGAACUGGUAUAUGUUGCUAGGUACAACACAGAGGCUUCAGUUAGAAAAAAAUUAUGUUUGUUUUCCUUUUUUGCAUUUGAACAUAUUGGUUUGUGCCUAGUUAUGAACACAAAAUAUUGUUAGCUAAAAGAAAGAGAAGGGGGGGAGAGGGUUUGUGCUGCUAAAUGCACAGUGGUCAUCCCUCCUGCGCCUUCUGCUUGUGAAUAAAUAUUGCCUUCAGUUUAUCUCCAUAUGUGCAGAGUAGAUGACUCCCAGCACACUUUUUCUUCAAAUGUCCUUAGUCAACCAGUGUCUUGCUAGAUCUAAAGAGAAAUAUUAGCAAUGGGCAGAAGCCUAUAUCUCAUAUUAAUUGCCUUACCAAAGCAUUGCAAACUUGUCAAGAAAAUGUCAGGCACAAAAAUCAACUUGGCUGCUUUUAGCAUGGUAAUGAAAAUGUGAAUGGUAUUUUAUUCAUCUGCCAUGAUUGCUUGCCUUGGCAAAUUGAAUUUUAUGCAGUUACAUAAAAAUAUUAUGUUAUUUUUUUCCUUGUCCUGUCCUCCUUGCUUUAAGUUAUCAAAGAUAUGAGUUUGAAAGCAUCAACAAUUCAAAUUCUUAUCUUUGAAACAUUUGCUUCAUGAAAGAAUGUGGAAAAAAUUCCUCUGCCUGUGGGCUGCCACCCAUUUAUUUGGUAAAAAUACAUUUAUUUUUAAUUGUGUAAAGAUUAAAUAAGUCGUUUGGUUCAUUAGCUUUUAUAGAUUUGAUUUGUGGAGUUUUCUUGGGUUGAAAAAUAUUUUUAAUGUAGGAUUACUAUCAAGACCAAGCCUGGACAUUUGUUACUAAAUUAUUUUUAUUGGAUAAUAUGGGGUUUUGUUGUUGUAAAGAAGUCUGACUUUAUGUUAUCUAAUCUUCUGUGGGGAGUUCCUACUCUACAGUUAUUGACCUUCAGGGAUUGGGUGUAUUUUGUUUUAUUUUCUUUUUUACUUUGUUAAUCAAAGAAAUAGUUUUUGAAAGAAAACAUUUUAAAGCAUCCUUCUGUGACUUGCCUGGGACUAAAAGAGGAAAACAGUGGACAAAGGGAAUUUCAAACGAAUCAUUGCAAAGAGCAGCUCGACCUUGAACAUCUCCUGUGUGGUGAGAGGGCUGGAUUCUCACACCUUCCAUCUUGCCUCCCUUUUAAGCGCACAAUAUUUGUAUGCUUGAAAGCACCAGCUGUUGAAAAUGCUCAGAUCUCCAGACCUGUUCAUUGAAAAUGCUCAGGUCCUCAGACCUAUCUACAAAUGCCCCUGCAGCGGGAUGGCUCCGUUAGGCUGUCAUCUCUCUGAAACCUUCACUGAAGGUGCAGCACCUGAAAGGAGAAAAAGGGAUCCUUGGCACAGACAAGAACAAAAUCAUUUUAAAGACAAAUUAGUUUCUUUCUGAAACCAAAUUAAAUAUGUGUUUGAAGACCCUUAUUCGGAGCAGUUUCGUUUUCUAGAACAGUGUGUGAAUAGGUGUAUGACAGCCAACCUGUGCUUAGGUGGUUGAUAGGUUUAAGUGGGUAUUUAAGUGGGUAUUUAUUUACUGGCUUUUGAGGAUAGGGACUUACAGUUCUGAUCCCCCCACAAGCACGAGGCCAUGCUCACUUUACACCUGUGAACAUUGCCUUGCUUGAUGUGUUUUGCUGGAGCGGGUGCGAGGCAGGACCCGGCAUCCCUGUGGUGUCCCUGAGUCAGUGCUGCCCUCGCGUUUGUGCCCGCAGGGAGAGGAAACCGCUGCAGUUACUGGGCAUAGCUAAAGCAAAGUCACUGGAAAGAUUACAGUCACAAGGUCAGCCUGUUCUGUUUUGCAGGCAGUGCUGCAGCUUUUUAGCAGCAGAAGACCGUCUCUCUCUGGCAGCCUUGUUUCAUGGACGUUUUCAGAAGUGGCGCUCAGUUGCACACAGCACUGGGCUCACUUUCUCACUCAAGUUUGAUCUUACUGAAAACAGUUUUCCGCAGGUUUGUAUCCCAUGCCCUUUUUCAUGAGGCAUAACAAUUGAAACGUGCAAAAUAUAUUGGCUUCUUCAUUGUCCUUCCCCCUUUUGUGCCCACAGAGAGCUGGGUUUAAGUCUUCCUUUUAGAGUUGCUUUACACCAAGACAGCAUUCCAUACUUCCGAAACACUGAACCUAGUACCAAGCAUCAUGUGUAAUAAAAAUGAGAUCAGACACUUCUGAUCAGACAAUUAGGGUUUUAUUUUUAGAAUCUGUGAACAUUUACAGUUUAUUAAGAAAAUUAGAUAAAUGUUUCUAUUUUGCAGAUUUUUUAUAUUUAUGCAUAUUUUAAGUU